AUGGCAGAGGAGACAAUGGUUGAUGACUCGGAUACAGUCCCCACAACUAACGGCGUACACACCGCUGACGCCGAUGGAGAUGUCCAAAUGGACCAGUUCCCCCCUACCGCCAACGGUCACUCCAAUGACUCACCAUCCCAUUUAUCACCAGCUCCUGUCGACUCUGCUGGCCCACCAACAUCGCGUGCUACUUCCAACUUCGAUUCUCCUCAGCAGCGCUCCGACACCGUCGAUGAUGAUGAAGCCAAACCACCCCCAGCUAAACGCGCGCGUAAAUAUUCAGACGCCGAUCAGGCGUCCAUUGCAAAUACCGGCUCUCCCCCUCCUAUUACAGCGUCCUCUGUGCAAACAAAUGGUGACACUGUUGUAUCAAGCCCGAUACCAACGUUCACAUCUACGGGCAACGGUAUAUCGACCCUCAGCCCCGUGCAACACAGAUUUUGUCUGUCUACAAUACGCUCGCUGAAGAAGCUCAAAGACGCUUCUGCAUUUGUGCAUCCCGUGGACCCCGUCGCUCUUAAUAUUCCCCAUUACCCGACCAUAAUUAAGAAUCCAAUGGACCUCAGCACCAUCGAGCGCAAGCUCAUGGCAUCUAAUCCUGCCAAGCCAGAGACCAGUCCCAACAUUCCACGCUAUUACAGCGCGGAGGAGUUCGUCUCUGACGUGCGUCUCGUGUUCAGCAAUUGCAUCACCUUCAAUGGCCCGGACCAUGUGAUCGCUCAGGCAGGCAAACAUGUAGAGGCUGUCUUCGAUAAGCAGAUCAAGCAGCUUCCACCACCAGCCGAGCCGAAGCCUCCUAUUGUCAAGAAAAUCGCCACGCCUCCACCUCCACCACCACCAGCUCCCCCCAAGAAAGUCGCAGCAGCACCUGUUCGUCGUCCUUCAACUUCCGUUCCUGUCAUUCGGCGCAAUGAGGCCGAACAGGCAUCUGCACGGCCGAAACGUGAAAUCCACCCACCUCCUCCGAAAGACCUACCAUAUGCCGAUGUCCCGAAAAAAAUGCGCAAGGUCAAGGUACCUAAGGACGAUGGCACAGGGGAGCAACUGAAAUAUUGCGGGAAGAUCUUAAGUGAUCUUCAACGAAAGCAGCAUCAAACGAUCGCUGCUCCGUUCUAUGAGCCUGUUGAUGCUGUAAAGCUUGAUAUUCCGACAUAUUAUAGGGUCAUCAAGAAGCCCAUGGACAUGUCUACCAUGCGGAAGAAGCUAGAGGCCGGGGAGUACCCCAAUGCCUCGAAGUUUUUUGAUGACUUCAAGCUCAUGAUCCGCAACUGUUUCUUGUUCAACCCCGCUGGAACGCCCGUCAACCAAGCAGGGAUCGAGUUGCAGCGGUUGUUUGAUGAGAAGUGGAAGAAUCUACCGCCGCUUCGGGAUGCAAGUGAUGAAGAGGAGGAGGAGGAGGAAGAUGAAGAAUCGGAGGAAGAACGUAAUCGUGGGAUUGCCACCAUGGAGGCUCAAAUUGAGUCGAUGCGCGGUAAUCUCAUGGCUCUGAAGGCAAAGCCAGCUAAGGAGAAGAAGAAAAAGGAGAAGAAAGAGAAGGCUCCUGUUGCUUCUACUUCAAAGGCUGCUACUUCUCGCGCGCCCAAGGCAGCACCUGCGACCAAUGGGAAUAAGCGUAAGACCACGACGAAGAAGCCUAUGGCUGAGGACGAUGCACUAUCGUUUGAGCAGAAGAAGGACUUAAGUGAGGCCAUCACCAGUCUCGACGGGGUCAAACUUGAGAAGGUCAUCCAAAUCAUCCAUGAGGGCGUUCCUGAAAUUCGUGAUAGCACCGAGGAGAUCGAACUUGAGAUCGACAUACUACCGCCGCACGUUCUCACAAAGUUGUACAACUUUGUCCUUCGACCUCUACGACAGCCAACGCAGAAACGGAAUCGAACUGGCAAGGGUACGGGUACCGGUGGCCUUAAACGGAAGAGCAUGGACGAGACUGCUGAAGCUGAGAAGAUCCGCAAGCUGGAGGAGCGGAUGCGGCUCUUCGAUGAUAACAACUUUGCCACACCCAACGCUGCGCCUGCGCUAGCUCAUCAGAACGACAGCGAUCAUUCAUCGGACUCUUCUUCAGACGACAGUUCGGGCAGCGAGUCGGAGUAA